UUCCGAAGGCAAUGCAGACAAAUCGAAUGAACAUAUGUCAUUGUAGGCCUUCUAAUUAUUGGAAACACUGUUCCUCGUACUGAGUGUAUGUUACUGGAUCAGCUGUUUACACGCAUUCACCAAAACAAAUGGAUUUGAUUAAAAGUUUGAAUUAAGCCACUCCUCAAUAUUAGUUGGCAUUUCUUUUUUGAGGAAAUAUUACUACACAAUUCGUCUUCAACGCUUAAUCCAAUCUCUAAUUGUAUAAUUGUUGAUCAAGCUCACUCAAACAGCUAUAGUAUAAUACAACCAAAUUUUGUGGUCGAUUAUGGAUUAUUUCAUUGGAGAGUGAACAAUUCACGUCAAAUUUAGCAAUUCAAGCAGUUUUAAAAUUGAGAACUGGUAAGUCGUAUGUUAUGUAUACUACACACUUGCAUUUAGGAAUGAUAAUUUGAACUCGUUCUAGCAGGUAUUACCCAAUCUGAUCCGUGCUGGGCGGGUAUUACCCGACCCACAGUAGUAUGGGGCAAGGCAUGUGGCACGACUUCCGACCUCUCCUACCCUGACCAAUUGCGUUCUUAACCCAUCAUAUCUCAAUUUGUCAAUAUUUAUUCGUAUUUCUCCAAUUUGGGCUUUUCUCUAGUCAUAUUUUCACCCUAUUAAACAUUUUCUUUGUUGUAACAACACUAUGAAACUUUAUAUAAGUGCUAGAUUUAAUCUUUCAAACUAGUUAACUCAAUUCUCCGUUAUAUUAUAACUAUUUUUCAUUCAUUAUAGUAUUUUCACUUCGUUUUGUCAGAAAAAAUAAAUUUUUGCAUUUAUUUUUUUCAAGUAACAUGUGAAAAUAGAUCGACUCAUCCCGCCCCGUAUCCACACAGGUAUUACCCGACCGGACUCGUUCUUAAUGCAGGGCGAGUAUGAGUAUUAAGAUACCCCGCUUGUCAUCACUACUUCUACUUGCAUCAUAAUGUAAAGCAUUUGGCUCUUUCUUUCUCUAACUAAAAGGUGGUGGUAUGAUGUUAAAAUUGUGUGAAAACUCACAUAUAUUUAACACCUAAUCCAGUCCCUUAAUCAAGCUAACACAAAAAGAGGUACAAAUACAACCAUUGCCCACUACAAAUGUGUUAUAUGAUUAAGAUGUAUAUUGUACACUAUCAUAAUUACCACUCUAACAAUUGAACUAUUUAAUUACCAAUCCUCCUCUCCUUUUCAUCAACAUAAAUUUCUGGAAGUUUGGCUUCCUCCUAGAGAAAAGCAACAAUGAAUUAACAGAAACAGCGAGAGAGACGAGAAAGAUAGAAAAAAGCGCAGGAUUCUCGUUCUCCACAUAUCUCUCUCUCUUCCUUCUUCCUCCUUCCUCUGCCCGCCACCGCCACUUCUCGGGAUAGUCUCCUCUCCCUUCCAAUUGAUCUUCCUUUUAACCCUUCUUCCCUUUCUUCUGCUUCUUUUCAUUUUCUCCCACUUCUCCAUUUCCUUUCAAUCUCGUUACGCAUUGUUCUUCACCUGAUUUGAUACUACAUUUCUAACCCCAGACGAAUCAAUCUUCAUCAUCAUCAUAGUCUUCUUCUCCUCCUCCUCCGGGUGAUGGUGGGUUCGAAUUUGAUUCGUUCUAUUUGAACAUUGGCCGGAAACGAAAACCGCAGAGCCCAGAAACAGGGGAAUAGGGGGGAAACCAAAACAGAGCAUCUGACAUUCCUCUGGUUUUGGGAAAACUUACAUUAUCUCUUAUCAUUAUAUAUUUAGGGGUACAUUUCUAGAAAAAUGGCGGUGAUAGAAUCGUUGCUGGGAAAUGAAGCAAGGAGAUUCAUCAAGAGGAAAGACAGUGACGCUGGCGAAACAGGCCGAGCUCUAGAAGAACUGAGAGGCACGCUGUACAACGAUCUUCGAACCUCGGAAGGAGCAAAGAGGCAGCAGCAGAGGUUCUGCGGGCCGCUCGUAGCUAUGACAUUCAAUUUCGUGGUCUCCAUAGGGAUAAUCAUGACCAACAAAGUCGUAAUGGUGAAAGUGGGUUUCAAUUACCCAAUACUCCUGACAUUGAUCCACUACGCAGUAGCAUGGGUGCUGCUAGGGAUAUUCAAGACACUGGCAUUGCUCCCAGUCUCGCCUCCUUCCAAGUCCACUCCUUACACUUCCAUCUUCUCCCUGGGCGUCGUCAUGUCGUUCGCUUCUGGCCUCGCCAAUGCCAGCCUCAAUCACAACAGCAUCGGGUUCUAUCAAAUGGCGAAGAUUGCAGUCACACCUACCAUUGUGUUUGCAGAGUUCAUUCUCUUCAACAAAACCAUCUCUCGUAACAAGGUAGUGGCGCUGGGUGUGGUGUCAGCAGGUGUGGCACUUGCUCAAGUUACAGAUUUGCAGUUCAACUUCUUUGGAGCUUGCAUUGCCGUCGCCUGGAUAAUUCCAAGCGCGAUCAACAAGAUUCUGUGGUCGAAUCUGCAGCAACAAGCCAACUGGACCGCCCUCGCGUUGAUGUGGAAGACGACGCCAGUAACGGUGCUGUUCCUGCUAGCACUGAUGCCAUGGCUGGACCCGCCAGGUGCUCUGUUGUUCAAGUGGGAUAUCCAAAACUCAUCUGCUAUUCUAAUGUCAGCUCUACUUGGGUUUCUCCUCCAGUGGUCUGGUGCUUUGGCCCUCGGGGCAACAUCUGCGACUUCUCAUGUAGUGUUGGGACAGUUCAAGACGUGCAUGAUCUUGAUAGGCGGGUAUCUACUGUUUGAGUCAGAUCCCGGGUUUAUCAGCAUCUGUGGAGCGAUUGUAGCGCUUGGAGGGAUGUCGGUUUACACUUCGCUCAACUUGAGGGAGACCAAAAAAGAGAGCUUCGGCCCACAUCAGAAGCAGACGUUGCCACUGUCAAAGCCAAAGACAGAGCUGGAACCAACUCCUGAGGAGACCUCUGAAGAUGUUGAAACCCUUUCUCUGUUGUCUUCCAAUGCUGUAUGAAAAUUAAUUUCAGCCGUAGAAAGAAGACAGAGAGAUAGUAGAUAAAAUAAUGUACACUAACAGUAGCCUGUCCUUGAGACUACCUCACAAAGAGGCAUCUUCAUUGUUGGGGAUUUUGUUCGAGUGAAGGAAAAACCAUGUACAGAAUUACUCACAUAUUUUUCUCUCAUAGUAGCUUACCGCAACAUAAAGGUCGAGUUUUUCAAAUUAUACGACUCCGUACUUGAUAUCAUAAUGGAUACUCUGCACCUAAGGGCAAGUUAGAAGUCAGAUAUAGCCAGGAAAAAACAGCAAUUUCCGCAUCAAGAGUACUAGCUUUUAUCCCGGCCAUUGGCCGGGUGAGUUUCAUUUCAUUGUGAAUACGGGUUCUUUUUGUUCGGACAAUUUUUUUUUUUUGUGAUGAUUGAGUGUAUAUCUUGCAUUAUUAAUGAUUUAUCCUUUAUGUAUAAUCAUAUGAUUAAUAAAUUGGAUAACAAAUCAAUGUUAUAGGUUGAAGAAUUGUAUAAUACAAAUUUCUAUAGUUGUUUCCCUGCUGUCGCGAUAAGACUAUGUUAGAUUGAAUUUCACACAUGGUGCUAUAUAUUAUGAACUCAAAAUAUACAUUUGUAAUUGUA